GUCAUGUGGGAAGAAAACACAUGAGAUCAUAUGAUAUGAUAUGAUAUGGAUUUGAGAGCUCAUAUCCUUUCCUUUUAAAUGACCUCAGAACUCAUCAGAAUUAAUUGAUAGCAAUUAAAAGGAAAGAGAAAAAUUAAAAUUAAAAAUGGUUUCUAGGGAGCAAAAGAGAGCAGCACUGCAUGAGAAGCUGCAACUUCUUCGUUCUGUUACUAACUCUCAUGCUGUAAACAAUACUUCGAUUGUAAUCGAUGCAUCGAAGUAUAUCGAAAAUCUAAAGGAAAAGGUAGAAAGAUUGAAUGAAGAAAUAGCCUCUGCAGAGAGUUCAAGUGUACACAAUCCCUUGCCUAUGGUUACAGUGGAAACCCUAGAAAAAGGAUUUCUUAUAAAUGUUUUUUCAGCAAAAAGCAGCCAAGGUAUGCUUGUUUCAAUACUUGAAGCCAUUGAAGAGAUGAGACUUACAGUCCUUGAAGCUAGGGUUUCUUGUACAGACACUUUUCGAUUCCAAGCUGUUGGAGGAGAAAAUGAAGAAGAAGGUGAGACUAUUGAUGCACAAGCUGUGAAACAAGCGGUGGGAAAAGCAAUACAAAAUUGGACCGAAAAUAUUGAUCAAGUGUAAAUUGCAAUAUAUAUAAUAAUAUCUAUUAUAUAUAUUGCGUCUUCUAUAUUUUUAUUAAUUUUCCCUUUUUGAUUUUUUUUAAUCAUUUUUUUGCUAAGUGGCAUUUGUUAGUUAAGGAAUCAAGCUUUGCGUAAGAUAGCUAGCUAGCUUCCAAAUCUUCCAAUUCUGCAAAAUUUUAAUAUAUGAAAAUAUAUAUGUCGGUAGUAAAAGUAAUUUGAUGAAA